AUGGAAAUAUUGUUGAAAGUUAGGAAGCAGUUGUCAAAUUUUUCUUCAAGAAAUUGGAACUAUUUCGGUCAAUUCGUUGAUUUAUUUUUGAUACCUACAAUGAAAAUAUUCAAAGAACUUUAUAAAGAUGGAAUAAAUAAUGAAUUGACUACAUUAAUUGAUGACCUUUUGCGAGAAAUUUCCGUUGCUGAUGGGGUCCAAAUUGAGGUCGAGGAAGAAGAUGUAAAAAUCAGAGGUUUCCAAGAAGUGGUAGUAGAUGAAGGUUUAGUUGGCUCCCAAGUCGUAGUUGGCUCCCAAGUCGUAGUUUCAGAAGUAGUAGAUCCUGGAGUCGUAGAUGAAAUAGUGGUUCUCGUGGUAGUUGGGGUUCCAGGCUCAGAAGUUGUACUUCCCGUGGUUCUAGAACCUGUAGUAGUUGUAGUGGUUGACCCAGAUGUGGUAGAUCCUGGAGUCGUAGAUGAAAUAGUGGUUCUCGUGGUAGUUGGGGUUCCAGGCUCAGAAGUUGUACUUCCCGUGGUUCUAGAACCUGUAGUAGUUGUAGUGGUUGACCCAGAUGUGGUAGAUCCUGGAGUCGUAGAUGAAAUAGUGGUUCUCGUGGUAGUUGGGGUUCCAGGCUCAGAAGUUGUACUUCCCGUGGUUCUAGAACCUGUAGUGGUUGUAGUGGUUGACCCAGAUGGGGUAGAUCCCGACGUACUAGGCUCAGAAGUGGUGCUUCUUGUGGUUGUGGAUCCUGUAGUAGUAGAACCUGUAGUGGUGGUGGUGGUAGAUGAAAUAGUACUUCCUGUAGUGGUUGUAGUGGUUGUAGUGGUUGACCCAGAUGGGGUAGAUCCCGACGUACUAGGCUCAGAAGUGGUGCUUCUUGUGGUUGUGGAUCCUGUAGUAGUAGAUCCUGUAGUGGUAGUGGUGGUAGAUGAAAUGGUACUUCCUGUAGUAGUUGGGGUAGUGGAGCCGGAGCUAGAGCUGGAAGUUGGGGUAUUGGAAGUUGAGCUAGAACUAGAAGUUGGGGUAGUGGAGCUGGAGCUAGAGCUGGAAGUUGGGGUAGUGGAGCUGGAGCUAGAGCUGGAAGUUGGGGUAGUGGAGCUGGAAGUUGGGGUAGUGGAGCUGGAGCUAGAACUAGAAGUUGGGGUAGUGGAAGUUGAGCUAGAACUAGAAGUUGGGGUAGUGGAGCUGGAGCUAGAACUAGAAGUUGGGGUAGUGGAAGUUGAGCUAGAACUAGAAGUUGGGGUAGUGGAGCUAGAGCUGGAGCUGGAACUAGAUAUGGAACUGGUGGUUGAAGUUGAUGAUGAUGAAGAUGAAGAAGGGACAUAA